AUGUGGAGCACUCUUCUCACUUGUGUACUGUACAACCCACUUCAUAUCGUGGAUGCGUGGAGGGCGAGGGCAGAGGAUCUUGCGGCGAGCCUCUCGUUCGCUGACAUCAUCGUGUGCCCAGCAACCACGCAGCGGCAGAGGCUGAAGCAAGCACCGACCACGCUCCACACUCGCACGCAUACCGUGUAUCAGUUCGGGUGGGAGCGAGGGCGACACAACAACAAGAUUGCUGGCUGUGCGGUGUUUCUGAAGAGGGCGGUGAGGAAAACGCACGUAGUUGAGAUCGCUCACCCGCCCAGUGACUUGGCAGGACGAAGAGGGCUCAUUCACAUCCACUCGGGGCAAUUCGAUGUCACGGUGAUAGUGGCCUACUUCCCGCCAGUGUCGAACAUGAAGGCAGAUCACUGGCGGAGCGCGUGCAAGAGGCUUGCUUCCUGGGUCCACUCUGCCAUCCAGCAAGCCAAGCAGCGUCCGCUAGUGGUUGUGGGCCUUGACGCGAACUGCCAGUUCGGAAGGAGACGAAUUGGACAGGGGCUGGUCACGUCUACGCAAGAUGGGAGACAUGUGGGCCCGUACGCGACGGGGGACGAGAAUGAGGUGGCAGCAGAGAUCUGGCGCAUAUUGGAGAUGGAGUCUCGGAGCGCGCCAGACUACAUCCUGAUACCAGCUGCUGCCCUCACAGUGACCAAGCAGUGCCGAGUAGUGCGCAGGAGCAUGGAAGAGUUGCAGAUCAUCCUCGACUCGAGGCCCAAGGACCACGCGCCACUCUUGUGGCAGGCGCAGUGCCAGCUGCAGGAGCCGACGGACCAGGACAGCGGGGGAGGCGCAGCAUGGGAUCGAGAGUACUUGGCCAAGCUGCUGCUACACGAGGGGGAGGGCUGCACCAUCAUUGCUGAGUUAGAGCGG